CUGGGUAUUUACUAUCCAGUUUUAUUCUUUCACUGUUAUAAUGAUAGGAACUCUACUUUAAGAGAAAUUGGCUAUUCUAGGAACAGCGAGUUCGGCUACAUACUUCGGCCUGAAGUGAUUGAAGGAUUCUUCUAUUUAUGGAGACUAACUAAAAAUAGCAUGUACCGCGAUUGGGUAUGGGACGCAGUUCAAGCUAUUGACAAAUAUUGCAGAGUAGAUGGAGGAUUUGCGGGAUUGCAGAACGUUUAUCAUCCUGAGCAGGGUACGACAAAUGUCAGCAGUCCUUCGUUCUGGCCAGACAUUCAAAACCCUAUUUGA